AUGUCUUCAUCAUUACUAAUGGCAGUUCAAUACAAAUCAACGACAAAUAGUUUAAUAUCAGUGAUAGUCACAAUUUUGUUAUGUUGCUGGCUUGUCACGACAAUAUCCAUUGUGCAAGGCCAAUUCACAUUCGAUGAAAACAAUUACAAUAAGAAAUGGAAUGACGAAACUGAAAUAUGGUUUGGUCAAUCAACGGCACUCACUGGGCAAACAAAAGAACUGGGAUAUCCUAUGAUGACGGGCGUUCAAGCAGCCUUCGAAGAAAUUAACAGUCUUGGUGGUGUAUGGGGCGGAAAAAAGCUGAGACUCUUUACAUUGGAUGACGGUUACGAUCCACCGAUGACGUUGAACAACACUUUGGCCCUUAUUAAUAAUAAUACAAUUUUUGGAUUAAUUGGCUAUAUGGGCACUGCAACCUCUCAAAUUGCGUAUCCAUGGAUUGUAAAAUCUAAACUGCCUUUCAUUGGUGCCUUUACUGGAGGCUUGUUUUUAAGAACACCUUUCCAACCUAAUAUUAUCAAUCUUCGAGCAAGCUAUCAAGAUGAAACUCUGGCUAUGGUUGGUUACUUGAUUAAUGUUAAAUUAGUUAGAAGAAUUGCAAUCCUUUAUCAAAAUGAUGCUUUUGGGUUGAGUGGAGUGAGUGGAGCGUCAUUGGGCCUACAAGCUUUGGGUCUGUCUUUCGUAUCAAUGGGAUCUUAUGAAAGAAACACAAUAGCUGUCUCGAAGGCUGUUGAUGACAUCCAAAAGGGAAAUCCGCAAGCCAUCAUUUGCAUGUCGACCUAUUUACCGACUGUCACAUUUGUCAAUGCAGUUAAAAAUCGAACAGAUUUUGAUCCAAAUAUUGUGUUCAUGACAGGUAGUUUUAUUGGCUCGAAUCUAUUACCUUACCGUGACAGCUUUAUGAUUACACAAAUUCUUCCACCGCCAACCAAUACCAAAUAUGCGUCUGUUUUGGCCUAUCAGAGAGCUAAAAAAACAAUAGAUCCAAACUUUACUCCUUCCUAUGUGGAAUUUGAAGGAUAUAUGGCAGGAAAGCUUGCAUACAACAUUUUGACCCAGAGAGUUUCGGGAGAUCUUACAAGAUCAAAUUUUAUAAGCCUAUUAUAUUCUUCAGGAACCUAUAUUAUUGACAAUACAGUGGUUGGACCUUACACACAAUGUGCAGGCUCAACUGCUAGAAAGGUGAAUGUACAAGAAACAGCAAAUACAUUUGAACAACAAUUAGUGCCUGAUUCUGUGAUAAAACCAAGAUUUUCUCCUAGAGUGACUUUCACACAGCUAACACCUAGAGAUGUCAUUGGUUUUACACCUCUCUGUUCUUGUAAUCAAGGUUUGAGAAGUGUUUAUAAGACCUAUCAAAAGGAAGACAAAUCCUUUGUGGAAAUUAGUGACCCUACUGUCUGGGAUUUAAGCGGUUCUACCAAUUAUUCUUGCCUUUAUGAUCCAUCGAACGUUCAGGAACCAAUUGUUUUUGGACAUAUUAACACUGGAUCUCAACGUGAUAAUGAUUUUUUGGUUGGAGCUAUGGCAGCAGUUAUGGACAAAAACAAUCAGAAAGGAGUGAGAGGAAAAGUAGUGAAAUUGUUAUCUGUAACUCAAACGAAUUCAACUGCAUUAUCGAUCAUCAACACUGUGCAAGAUCUGAUCAAAGAUCACAAUGUAUUGGGAGUUAUUGGAACUUACAUUCCCUUAUCUGAAGUGACACAAUUCAUACUUGGAGUGAAGCAAACUCUUCCCAAUGCCUUCAUGUUGGCUCCUUACUCAUCAUAUGACUCUAUGAAACUGAGAGAAACCUAUACACCCAAUGUUAUUAAUUUAGGAACAAUGGUUCGAGAACGAUUAGCAUCAUUCUUUAAUUAUGAAAUGAACACAAAUGGUCAUUCAAGAUUUUCAAUCGUUUACACCAAAAGUGAAUCAGGGUUAGAUGUUUAUUCAGAAUUUAAAUCAAUGAUAAGCGACUUGAAACUUGAAAUUGACAGUGAAUUUUCAUUCUCAAUUGGUGACAGUCUGAACUCUGACACGAUUUUAGCUUCUUUGUCCAAAGAUGCAAAUCCUCAAGCGGUACUUAUUGCAAUCCCAGAAAACAUCGAGUCUUUUGACAUAUACAAGACUCUUAUUGAAGCCAUUUCUCGUAUUCAAAAAAGAGACAAAAUUUCAAUCUUUUCUAUUUACUGGGAUUCUAUUUUAUGGGAACACGAUCUUGGCGUGUUUUUGAGCUCUCUCCACUCGAAAACAAUCCUCAACUUUAACAUCGUCCAACGUUUUCCCCUAGUUAAUGCCAAUCAUCCACUUGUCGCAGCAUAUAACAACUUUAUGAAAACCUAUGAACCAAAUACUCAAGUGAAAACCAAAGCUGCUGUUGAGGGUUUUUUGGCUGUCAGUUUUCUUUUCGAAGUUCUUGAUAACAUAUCUCCAUCCCUACCCAUCAAUACAGCGAAUCUCUUGAACACCAUUUAUGCCAAUGGAGAUUUUCUCAAGUAUACCAUUCCUUUUGGUACUCUUAAAAGGCUAUCCUAUGAUUCUGGUUGUAACUUGGCUAUGCGUUCUUCUUAUAUUUAUACUUUUGACAACAAUACUUCCACCUUUAAUUUGGCACAAACUCAAAAUUUCGACAAGUCCAAGUGUGGAAUUGAUUCUGUAUCAAGCGAAACAACAUUUUCUCAGCCAAUUAUAUUUGGUCGAUUAUUACCAAAGAGCGACAAUUCAUCUUAUGCGGACAGUAUAGAUGAUUUUGAGUAUGGUAUCUCAUCUAUUUUCGAAAGUACUAAUGAUAAAGGUACCUUAUCAAGAACGACCUUGCAUGUUGAGACUGAAUACUAUUGCGAUGAAGAUGAUAUGCUUGCAAAAGCUUCCUCCAUGAUAGAGAAAAACAAAGUGUUUGGAUUUUUGGGGUCUCGAAUUUUAUAUAAUGAAGCCAAGUUGAAAGCUCUUCUUGAAGAAAAACGAGUUCUCUUAAUUGGCCCUUUAUCCUCUCAAAAAGCCCUUAGAGAACCAUAUUCAAGAUAUGUUGUGAAUAUUCGUCCUUCUAUGGUUGAAGAAAUCGUCACAAUGGAAAGAUAUAUCAAACAAAAAACAGAAGGAGAAAAACCAUCGAUUAGCAUUGUCUAUGGAAAUGGAAAUUAUUGGGAACAAAAUAAGAAUGACGUACUUGAUUUCUUUAGUACAAGUUUAGAAGGUAUCACUAUUGUGAACAUUCAAUCAAUCUCAACUGCAAAUGUUAGAAGAAGAAAUCUGUAUCAAGAUUCGUCAUUGUCUUCGAAUUUAGUGAUUAUUAUGGCAGAUGUUAAGGAUACACUGUCGUACAUGAAUCAAUUACCUGAGAACAUGAACGUCCUUUAUGGAGUUCCUUCAGAAAUUGCAUCAAGUGUUCAAUUUUCUCAAAACGUCAAAGCAUCUGCAGCUUCACAAAUACUUACUCCCAACUUUCUUGAAAAUUAUUCAUCGGCAAGUAAUACUAACUUUAUGGCUCGUGACUUUUUGCAAUACUUUUCCCAAUAUUAUCAAACCAAAAGUGCAUCCAUGCUUGCCUAUGAAGGUUUCGCAAUUGGUUAUAUGGCCGUGAAUGUCAUGCAAUAUAUGAAACAAGCAAAUAUGGCAUUGACAAACGAAGCAUUUGUGAACACACUUUUUGAUCGAUCAAUUUUUGAAUUGGGAACUAAUGUGUUUGGUCCAUAUGGAGAUGUUUGUACUUCUUCAACUACUAAUUCAUCCUCUAUUAAGGUUUCAACUGUAUGUGAAACUCAAAAAUCAUGUAAUUGCAGUCAAGGAGCAAAAUCUAUAUUCUUGUCGCUUCCAUCGUCGAAUAGAGAGAGUUUUAAGGUGACAUUUGAGACAUGUGGCCUGCAACCAAUUUUGCCCUUGCUUUCUAACGGUGCUAUUGCAGGUAUUGCGGUUGCUGGUACAUUUACUGCGAUUGGUAUUUGUUGUCUCAUAAUGAUUGGAAUUAUUUGUUCGAAAAAAACCUCUGGUACAAAACAUGCUCCAAAGAGUGGAUACAUUACAUGUGCUUUCACAGAUAUUCAAAAUUCAACCAAAUUAUGGCAACAUGACGAAAAAACAAUGAGAGCGUCACUUGAAAUUCAUGAUCAAAUUAUGCGAAAGAAUUUGGAGCUUUAUCGUGGUUAUGAAGUGAAAACCAAUGGUGACAGCUUUUUCGUGGCGUUUAAGAGUCCGCAUGAUGCUGUGUUAUGGGCCAUGCAAGUUCAAAUCGAUUUGCUGAAUGCCAAAUGGCCUUCUGAAUUGUAUCACCAAUGGGAUUGUAGACAGAAAUGGGAUAAGAGAACAAAACGUGCUUAUUGGAGUGGAGUACGAGUGAGAAUUGGACUUCAUUUUGGAAAAGGUGACGCAAAAUGGGAUAAGAACACGAAACGUUUUGAUUAUUUUGGAAAUGUUGUGAACAAAACGGCUCGUAUUGAAGCAAUUGCACAUGGUGGUCAAGUCUUAAUUUCGGAUGAGUUGCUCCAAGAAACUGCUGACCUAUUUAAUGACAUCAAGUAUAUGGACGAAUAUUAUGGAUUCCAGCAACUAACAGCAUUCCAAAAUAAGCAGAAAGAGAAACCAGAAAUGAAGCGCCGAGAUAGCUUGACAAGCAUUCAAAGUUUAUCAAGUCUUUUCAAAAAGGCUCCAAAAGUGAAUGCUGAAACAAAUUUAACAGCCAGAGAGCUUGGACUGUUUCAAUUGAAAGGCCUGAUUGAAGAAAGCAGAGUGUUCGAAAUCAAAUGUCCAGAAAUCGCACUCAGACAAUACCCUCCUUUGAGAGUUUCUCAAGAUGAAAAGAUAUCUGAACUGCCAAGUAUGAAUGAAUUUAUCGAUGGGGAGGAUGAAGGAGAUCAAUCUGUGAUGACAGAAGGCAAUUGA